AUGGGACCCCCGGGUAAAGCGAGCGCUCGCAACAGCCAGCUGGUGCCGGCUUCUUGGUUUGUCUCUCCAAGUGCUUCGGCACGUUCUGCCUCGGAGAGUUCGCCUCUGGGAGGGAAACGACAAGCUGGUACAGGCGCGCCGAAAGACCAGAAGAGGAAAAGCGUCGAAGGGGGCCAUCCCAGCCCGUCUCAAGAAGGUUCGCAGAUCAGGCGGAAGGAUGAGCGUGGACAGAAUGGCCAGGUGCGCGGCGACGCGACACGGAAACCUGGAGUGUCUAUACACUCGCCGCGGGACUCAGCGCGGAUGUCGAAGCCUGCAGAGCCCGCGCCUGCCUCGGGGAGGUCGUGGAGGGAUGAUCGGAUGAAGACAGGCGAUAUCAUACAGUCUCGGCAUGAAGGAAAAUCGGAAUUCCCCCGGAAAGACUAUCGUCAAGCAAGGGAGCUCGGAAACAGUGGGAAAAAGCCGUGGGAGAAAGAUUCUCGCGGAGGUCAAUCUAGCAGGCCCUAUGCAGAAAAUAGAUUUCCUUCUUUUGCCCGGAACUCAAAGGGGGAAGAGGAAGAAGACGAAGAGGAGGAACCAGACGCGACAUCUGUCGGGGAAGGCGAGCGUGAGCGGAUGCUGGCCGCAGCCAUGGCGGCCAUCGAAGAGAAAGACGAACAGGCUGUUCUCUCCGACGUGGAGGAAGAAAAGGGACGGGGCAAAGGGAAGAAAUUUGCUCGUGAUGCAAAGAGAAAAAGAGAAGCUGGGUCCGCGACAAAGCGAGGCACCGGAAACCAGGGGGAGAACCGGAGCACGAAGGCAGAGAGGGACGGAGAAGUUCGAGGCCGUGAGGAGGAGGAGAGCAAGAAGCGGAGGAAGGGAAACGGAGAGACGAACAAAUGCAGUGGAGACGGAGAGGAAAACGCGCGCGGGACUUCAGACCAGUGUCGCGAUGUGAUGGAACGCAAAGAAGACGGUCGAAACGGAGGUCAAACAGACAGUGGAGAUGAGGAUGACGACGAGUAUCAGCUGCAUAUUGUCAAACGCCCCGUGGUGUCGCAGGAAACACAAGAAGGAAAACGCUCCAUGGAUAACGCUGCUGACAGGAAGAGCGAACCCUCGGGGCCUUCUCCCAUACGGACAGAGCCGGUGACGGGUCGAGACCGCGAUCGCUGGCGGGGCGCUGGACAACGCGACCACAGAAAUUCUCGUCCGUCAGCAGGAGACAGAGGAGGCUCGUUCGGUUUCGACGUCUCCGCGGGCGAAAAGCGCUUCUUUCCUCCUCUCGGUGAAAAAGGGACAGAGACACGCGAGGCCGAAGAAAAUGCAAAAGAAGCAACAGAACGGGAAGAAGCCGGCGAAGAGGAGACAGCAGAGCUGCUCCGAUUCGUGCCAAAAGUUCUGCCCUUCGCAGGGGCGAGAAGAACACGGACGCUGUCCGUUGCGUUGCCCGCCUCCAUCAUCGACAAUGCACAGACGGCAGAGCUCCGCGCAGCACUCGUGGGACAGAUCGCGCGCACGCUAACUGUUUUUGGCGUCGACGAGAUUAUUGUUUAUGAAGACGUCGCGGCUGCCAUUUCCAGAGGAAACGCAGAGGACGGCCACUCACGAGCGCUCGAAUUCUUCGUUCGCAAUCUGCGAUAUCUGGAAACCCCACAGUUCCUCCGGAAAUCACUCUUCCCCAUCCACUCUGAUCUGCGCUUCGCGGGGCUGCAGAACCCGCUGGACGCGCCCCACCAUCUGCGAAGAAACGAGUGGCUGCCGUACCGAGAAGGCGUCGUUGUCGCUUCGUCCAAGACGCGCCAAGAAAGGCAGCACGCGAAAGCGACGGAGUGCGACCGAGCGAAGGGACCGGGAGACGACGUGAAGCUGACUGCUGCAGAGAAGAAGAGGCUCAAGAACAAGCAAGGCGCCUGGGUGGAGUGUGGGCUGCCUGCCCUCGUGUGGAUCCCCAACAGCCGUCUGGAGGAUGGGAUGAGAGUGACGGUUCGUCUCGACGCUUCUGUCCGGCAGCUUCAGCGCCAGCCUCAGGAAAGAGGCGACGCAGAGCCGCCUUUGAUGCGAGGCGUCGCAGUCUCCCCGGACGAGCCCCCGGUCAAGGCAGGGCUCUACUGGGGCUACCGCGUCCGCAUUGCUCAGCAUUUCCAGGACGUUUUCUCCAGCUGCCCUUUCAGCGCCGACGGCCGCUACGAUCUGACAGUCGGCACAUCGGAGCGUGGGGCGUGCGUGGGUCGCGGCUUCGAGUUUCCGAGGAACUACAGACACAUGCUUCUCGUUUUCGGAGGCCUGCAGGGUUUGGAAGCCGUUCUUCUAGAUCGGCAGUCGAACUGCGCACCUUGCCGAGACCCGUCCACGCUCUUCGACAUGUACUUGAACACCUGUGCCUUCCAGAGGUCGAGGACAAUUCGAGCUGAAGAGGCUGUUCCGAUCACUCUGGCUCUCCUUCGCCCCUAUCUCCUUGAAACUGACUGGACUAAGAAGGCAUGA